AUGGAGCGCUGGUUGAUUAAGAAUACAAAACUAAAUGAAGAUCCUGGUCCAUCUAAAAGUACUCAAGACCAUCCUACUAAUUUUUGUAAUAUUUCCAAAGAAUCCAAUCGAAAAAAAACUACAUCUGAUGUAGAAGUAGCAAAAUUGAGUAAAGACACUAGUGACAGUGACAGUAACAGUGAAAACAAACCCAAAAAACAAAGGAUUAAAAGGGAGUCUAAAAAGCGAUCUUAUAUCUUUUGUAACAAGUGGCUAAGUGAUGAAAAAUUUAAAGGAUGGCUCACAAAAUCUAAAAAUAAAUCUGCUAAAACCAACAACGACUUAGCUUCUUGUAUAGUGUGUAAUCAUGAAAUGCUAGCACAUAAGUCUGUAAUUCUAAGACAUUCUGCCUCUGAAAAUCAUAAAUUUAACUACAAGCAAAUUGCAAGUAAUUCAAAAAUUUCAGAUUGCCUUAAAAGUACUGAAUUAGAAAAUAACAUAAAAAAUGCUGAGAUAAAACUGUGUGGUCUUUUGGCUACAAAUAACCUUCCAUUUAGACUGAUGGACAACUUGUCACCAUUAAUUAAAAAUAUUUUCCCAGAUUCUCAAAUUGCCAAGGGAAUUAAUUUAAAACGGUCAAAAGCUACAUCAACCUACUGCAUUUUUUUCAAUAAUUAUGGAUGA